UGCCGUAGCAUUUGUGUUAUAUCUCGUCAAUCUCAAGUUGUGUAUGCUUUCGCUGCCAGCAUCUUACACCCCACGGUUAUGUGCUGGAUCGUCUCAGGCGCCUCUUUGCACAGUCUACACCUUGGGUCUUGUCUGGUGUGGUAGAUCUGGGCCUCUAUGGCUCUGGUGCUCAGGGCCUGCUCCUGUGCAGCCAGGAUGAGUGCCUCUGUGCUGUCCUUCAGCCCAGCCCUUUCAAGCCAUUGGUAGGACUUGUUGAGAUCAGCCACUUCAGUUAUGUUACGGUGGUACAUCCCAUGUAAGGGCUUGUCCUCCCAUGAUGGCCCCUCUUCCAGCAUCUGAUCCUCUUUUUCCACUGCCUGAGGCACUCACUCAGCACGUCAUCUGUCGGGGUCUUAUCCUUGAUGUGGCGGUGGAUAAAGAACAGGGGAAAGCCGUAGUGGUGGAUGUGGCAAUACCAAGCGUACAUGAGAAACUAGAGAAAUACUAAGGGCUCAGAGAAGAACUGGAGAAGGCUUGGAAGGUGAAGGCCACAGUGGUGCCUGUGGUGAUCGGAGCACUCGGGGCAAUGACCCCCAAACUGGAGGAAUGGCUACAACAGAUCCCUGGAAAUACAUCCGACAUCUCAGUCCAGUAAAGUGCAGUCCUAGGAACAGCAAGGAUACUGGUCAGAACUAUCAAGGACCUGAGCUUGGAAAGUAGAUGAAACCACCUGCAGAGGGUGAGAAUAGAGUGGUAGUGGUAUAUCCUCUGAGAUCUCUGUCCAGAGGAGUGCAGUCCUAGGAACAGCUAAGAUACUGCGCGGGACCCUCAAGCUCCCAGGCCUCUGGAGGACCUGAGCUUGUAGGAAUAAGACCGCACCAAGGAAGGGGCGAGUGGGGAUCUUUUGUUUGGCUCACAGUCUAACUGAGCAGAUACAAAAAAAGUCAAAACCAGGAGAAGAAACAGGUUGUUCUCCACUGAACUAUCUAAGGUGUACUCAGGUUAAUACCACGAGAGCAGACCCACCAAGGCUAAAGACCGAAGAAUACUGGAAAGGCAUAUGGAAGAAGGAGGCAUCACAUAACAGCAAAGACAAGUGGCUGGUGGACUUGAGAGCAGACCACAGUAACCUUUGUGAACACGAUCUGGUAACCAUCACAGUGGCAGACAUCCAAGAGAACAAAGUCCGGGUGAUCAACACCCACGCCCUCCUGGUCAUCAGGGACCCCGCUGGGAUAAUAAGCUGGCCAAAAGACGAGAUGGAAGCCACUGACAUCAAGACAAGAAUGCUCCUUACAAUGCAUGGAGGGUUUCACCCCAAAUCCAGCACCCCGAGACUGUACGCUAAGCGAAAGGAAGGAGGAUGAGGAUGAGUGAGGGUCAAAGCCACUAUCCAGGAUAAAACAACUAGGCUCCAUGACUACUAGCUGUUAACCUUUAGCUAACGGAACAGGUUCCUCUGUGUGUUGAUAAUGUGUCUGGUGUGAAGACACUUUGCAGAUUUUAGCUGUCCUACAGAACUAAACCCUUUAUUCUAUGGAGAUGAUUCAGCAGGAGAAAGCAAAGACAGAACUGAUAACGGAGCAGAAGGCAUCAUCUGUCUUAUACAUUGUUUUGCUGAAUAACUGAUUCAGUAAGUGAGAAAACAUUGGUGUAUACAGACAAGAUUCCCAUAUGUAAUGACAUAGACAGCAGCGCUCCAGUUAAAAACCUGUAGAAGCUGGACAGACAACUGCUAAAAGAUUAUUCAACAGACAUCAUCACAGAUGAUGAUGAGGAUGAUGAUGAAGAGGCAUUGAGAGAUGAAGAUGACGGGGAGAGGUCAUUACCUGGGGACCCUGACGAGGACAUUUCCACAGCAACCAGAGCCAAGCAGCUGGCCGAUCAGCUAAAGGACACAGCUCAAAAAAUUCUGCGGGACCUGGGAAAGAUUUUUACCAUCAGCCUGUUGGCGUUGGCUGGCAUCACACUGCCCUCUGCCUUCUCGGCCAUCUACUUUGUGCUUUUCAUUGGCGUGUGCACAUGGUGGGCCUGCCACCUUCCCAUCAGUCACCUAGGUUUCAACGCUUUGUGUGUGAUGGUGGGAAUGUUUGCCGCUGGUCACCUGGUUUGUCUGUACCUGUACCAGUGUGAUCUGACACAGGCCCUGUUUCCCCCACACAGUCUGUGGGCCAGACUCUUUGGUCUGAAGGACAUUGUCUUACAAGGAAACUGCUCCUCACCACAUGAUCUCAGCCUUAAUGUUGGUCACAACUGGCCAGUUUAUGUCAACCCAGGAAUUCUGUUGCUCCUUUAUGUCACAGUAGCAGUUGUCCUCAAGACAGGAUGUCGUGGAGCAACAGACAAGCAGAAGAAGGUUGAGGAGUACCGACAACAAAUCGAAUGUGGGGAGUUGAAGGAGGAGAUGGUGGAGUUAAAGUCUUGGACUGAACUUUCUGUGGGAACAGAAAACAGCAGAGAGGAGCCUGUGGCUGCAGAGAAUCUUCCAGACCUAGGUGCUAGUGCUGGUCCCAUCGGUCGACAAAAUGAAAGUCCCUUAUUCCUGCUUGGAAGGGUGGUGAUGCAGCAGAGCUAUGUCUGUGCACUCAUUGCCAUGAUGGUGUGGAGCAUCAUGUACCACAGUUGGCUGACCUUUGUGCUACUGCUGUGGGCUUGUAUUAUCUGGAUCAUGCGAGCCAGGCAACAUGCAGCCACGGUCUGCUCUCCGUUCAUCCUGCUCUAUGGCCUAGGGCUGUGCUGUCUGCAGUAUGUCUGGGCCAUGGAACUGCAGCCAGAACUGCCCACCACAGUGGGAAGCAUGAGUCUCAGACAACUGGGGCUGGACAGAGCCCAGUACCCCUGUCUGAGGCUGGGCUCUAUGCUUCUUUUCACUUUAACUUUCUGGCUGCUGUUACGCCAGUCAGUGAAGGAAAAUUUCAGCAGGAAACAAAUGGCCACAUUGCAGGAAGUCACCACAGGAGACGUGGGAGCUGCUAAUGAAUCUGUGCUGAAGAUCCUGGGAGGCAUAGUGAUGAGCUGUUAUGCUAAGUACUGGAUCUAUGUCUGUGGAGGGAUGUUCAUCAUGGUCUCCUUUGCUGGAAAACUCGUUGGCUAUAAGAUCAUCUACAUGCUGCUGUUCCUGCUUUGCCUCUGUCUCUAUCAGGUUUAUUACGCACUGUGGAGGCGGCUGUUGAAGCUCUUCUGGUGGCUUGUCGUGGCUUACACGAUGUUGGUGCUGAUAUCCAUCUACACGUACCAGUUUGAGGACUUCCCUGGAUACUGGAGAAAUUUCACUGGCUUCACAGAAGAGCAGUUGGCAGCGAUCGGUCUGGAGACAUUCGCUCUGUCUGAACUCUUUAGCAGCAUCUUGAACCCUGGCUUCUUCCUGCUGGCCUGUAUCCUGCAGCUGCACUACUUCCACAAACCCUUCAUGAAAAUGACUGACCUGGAACAUGUUACAUCGAUACACAAGAGGAGGACCAAUGAAAGGACUCGGCAGACUGACUCAGGGAACGCAGACGAAAACCUGGCAUCAAACACAGACCAAGAAUCUGAAGAUGAAGAGGAGCUGGUUCCCAGUAAGUGGGGUUUGGUGACAGACAGGCUGCUGGUCCUCUCCAGAAGGUUCACAGCCACGCUCACUGAUAUACAGAGGUUUCUGUGGAGGCUUCUGGAGCUUCACAUCAUCAAGAUGGUGGCCUUCUUCUCUGUGUGGGUAGCACUUGAAGAGCCGUCUGUGAUGAACCUGGUCCUGGUGAUGUUGUGGUCUCUGGCGAUGCCUUAUGGUCGCUUCAGGCCUAUGGCUUCUUGCCUGUCCACAGUCUGGGUGUGUGUCAUCAUUGUGUGUAAAAUGCUGUACCAGCUGAGUGUUGUCAACCCGUUGGAGUACUCCAGUACCUGUACCAUGCCUCUGACGAAUGAAACCAACCUGCUACCAGAGGAGAUGAAGAACUCUACUCUGUAUAAGGAACCAGUGGAUCCAGCCCAGUGGUUUGGCAUCAGGAAGGAUGACACUGUACUGGGAUACAGCAAGAACCAUUUAAUGGUGUUGAUGUUGUUGGUGUUUGAGGCAACAGUGUAUCGCCACCAAACUCACUACUACAGCCAGCUCCAGCGUUCUCCUCCCACCAUACCUGCUCUUUUCCCUGAUUCCACCAGGGACACCCUGGAUCAGGGCCUCAUCACCUGCCUCAAGUACCUGUUGAACUACACCUUUUACAAGUUUGGACUAGAGAUUUGUUUCCUGAUGACGGUUAAUGUGAUUGGCCAGCGGAUGAACUUCCUGGUGAUAAUCCAUGGCUGCUGGCUGGUAGCCAUCUUGGUGAGGCGGCGACGAUCAGCUAUUGCCAGCAUCUGGUCCAAAUAUUGUCUGUUUCUUUCCAUCUUCAUGAUCUACCAGUAUCUGCUGUGUGUGGGCAUUCCCCCGGCUCUCUGCAUAGAUUAUCCGUGGCGCUGGAACACUCCAGUGCUUAUGAACUCCGCCCUCAUUAAAUGGAUUUAUCUGCCUGACUUUUACACCAGGCCAAACUCCAAAAACCUCAUGGCCGACUUUGUGCUGCUCAUGUGUGCAUCCCAACAGUGGAGGGUUUUUGAAUGUGAGCACACAGAGGAGUGGAUGGUUCUGGCAGGCGAGAACACAGACUUGCCCGACCCGAUGGAAGGUCGACUGUUCAAUCCUGCCCCGAACUUUAUUAACUGCAGGAGCUACCUGGACAUGGCUAAAGUUGUUGUGUUCCGUCACUUCUUUUGGUUUGUGCUGUCGGUUGUCUUCAUUACUGGAGCCACCAGGAUCUCUGUGUUUGGACUGGGCUACCUGCUCGCCUGCUUCUUUUUUCUCUUGUUUGGGACCCAGCUGUUGGUCAAACCAUCCAGGACUCGCCUCACCCUGUGGGACUGUCUCAUCAUCUAUAAUGUGGCAGUCAUUAUAUCUAAAAAUAUGUUGUCUAUUCUGGCUUGUGUGUUUGUACUUGAGAUGCAGAAAGGUUUCUGUUGGGUGAUUCAGCUCUUUAGUCUGGUUUGCACAGUCAAAGGAUACUAUGAACCCAAAGAGGUGAGUGAUAAGACAUGUAGCCUCCCCGUAGAAGAGGCUGGAAUUAUCUGGGACAGUAUUUGUUUCCUGUGCCUACUGCUGCAAAGGAGGAUCUUCCUUAGCUUCUACUUUGUGCAUGUGACAGUUGAGCUACAGGCAUCUGCCAAACAAGCAUCAAGGGGCUUUGAGCUCUUCAGAGCCAGUAUUUUAAAGAACAUUAGAUCCCAUCAGCAAGCUGAGAAGAAGUCUUUAUCGCAGCUUAAAAGAUCGAUGCAGAGAAUUCGCUCCAGGCAGCAGAAGUACAGAGAUGGUGACAAAAUGAGUGAAGACUCUACUGACAGUCAGUCUGCUGACAUCCACAAAGACCAGAUGGGGUCCAGGAAGAAAACAUGGCACCAACCGUGGUUGAACCAUGCUACAGUUCUUCACUCAGGAGAGUACUACUUGUUUGAAUCUGACAGCGAAGAUGAAGAGGAACUGUAUUCUGAAGAUCAGAAGUCUCAGAAACGAACUGCCUGCCAGCUGGCGUACCAGGCAUGGGUAAGCAAUGUGAAGGCGGCUCUGAGGGAACGCCAGAGACAGUUCAGGAGGACUGAAAGAAAGCAGGAGACAGCAGUGGACAAUGACGUAUUUGAAGACUCUGCCAAUCAGCUGGACACGGAUGAGCCCCAGGAGGAAUCUGGUCACGGUGAGACAGUUCAGAGGAUCCUGGAUAUCUUGUGCUUCUUAUGGGCCAUAGUUCUGGCAAUGGUGGAUGGACUGACCCAGUGGCUUAACCUGCUGACAAAACAGUAUAGACAGACUUCUUCUGUUCUGUGCAAUGAACGUUACUAUAUGAAACACAAGAUACAGCAGUAUCAUAGUCCAGCAGAGGACCAAGCGUCUCAGGACAGUGACAGUCUCACACUAGAGACAUGUUUGGAUGAGCUAGAUGCCGAAACUUCCACCAACCACAGCUCCCUGGGGUUGGACAGUAGGGGUGUGAUGGGAUGGUCUACACCGAGACCACGACUUGAUAGCAUUGGCGCUGGGAAUCUCCUGAGUCCAGAACUCCCAUCCUCCGGCAUAGAACUGGUACCAGAGCCAACACAACAACAACACAGACACUCUAGGACUGCCAGCGAGCUGCUGGGGGAAAGACAGUUCUUCAUUGAGGAGCUAGAACACAGCAAAGACUUUUACAAUAGCCACAACCGUCUGCUCAAGCUCCUGUUCGCCAUGUACAACCUGCUGGCAGCCAAUUCGGAGCUUGUGUGCUACUUCAUCAUCGUGUUAAACAACAUGGUCAGUGCCUCCGUCAUAUCACUGAUCCUGCCCAUAAUGGUCUUUCUCUGGGCUAUGUUGGCUGUUCCAAGACCAACCAAGAAGUUUUGGAUGACAGCUAUAAUCUACACAGAGGUGAUGGUGGUAGUGAAAUACCUUUUCCAGUUUGGCUUCUUUCCCUGGAACAGUGUUUAUGAGAUGACUCUAAAUGAAGACAAGCCUUUUUUUCCACCUCGCAUCCUGGGCCUGGAGAAGACUGACAACUACAUCAGAUAUGACCUACUACAGCUACUGGCUCUCUUCUUCCACAGAUCCUUGCUCAUGCGUUAUGGCCUGUGGGACAAUGAAGGCUCAUUGGAGGAGCAGAGCCCUUCUCCAAAGAGCUUUGGCCAAGGUACAACUAAGGAAGCAUGUGAGGAUGGAACAAGGACAAGGGGGGACGGAACAGAAAAUGAGGAGCGAGGUCGCUCAACACCCAGACGGGCCGAUCCACAUAUAACUGAACUGGGCCAACUUGAAAAUGAAAAUAUUGAGCCAAGGGCUGCUAGAGCACAACCCCCGGCAGCUGAGCUGGGACAGAAGGACAUGUCAGAUCCUGACUCCAAACUAAAGGAAGGAGAUACUGAGCAGAUAACCAGGAAAAGGAGCAGUGUCCGCUUCCGCAGGAAUCAAAGACGCAGCAAAGAAGAGCCCACCGCUGAGACAGUGCUUCCCAUUAAUGAGUGGAAGAAGAAGCAGGAAGGCCAGGGCAGAGAGGCAGCCAAGCACAGACUGCUGGCUGUGGGACAUGAGAUAAAAUGUGCCUUCAUCUGUGGAGUCCAGAGUGUUUAUAGACCAGCUCAAGGCUUCUUUAGGGAUGUUCUACACGCUGAGUAUCGAGCUGCCACCGACGUCUAUGCUCUCAUGUUCCUGACCGAUGUCAUUGACUUCAUCAUCAUCAUCUUUGGCUUUUGGGCCUUUGGGAAGCAUAGUGCAGCAGCUGAUAUUGCUUCCACGCUCUCUGAAGACCAGGUUCCUGAGGCCUUUCUUGUGAUGUUGCUCAUCCAGUUCAGCACCAUGAUCAUUGACAGAGCCUUGUAUUUGCGCAAGGCCGUUCUGGGAAAAGUCAUAUUUCAGGUGUUCCUUGUGUUUGGUAUUCACCUGUGGAUGUUCUUCAUUCUACCUGCUGUCACUGAAAGGAAAUUCAAUCAGAACUUUGUGGCCCAGUUGUGGUACUUUUUCAAGUGUAUUUACUUUGGUCUGUCAGCCUAUCAGAUCCGCUGUGGAUAUCCUACUCGCAUACUUGGUAACUUUCUCACCAAGAAAUACAACCACCUCAACCUGUUUCUCUUCCAAGGGUUUCGUCUGGUUCCCUUUCUGGUGGAGCUGCGUGCUGUGAUGGACUGGGUGUGGACAGACACUACUCUGUCCCUGUCAAACUGGAUGUGUGUGGAGGACAUUUACGCCAACAUAUUCAUCAUUAAAUGCAGCAGAGAGACAGAAAAGAAAUAUCCCCAGCCCAAAGGGCAGAAGAAGAAGAAGAUAGUGAAAUAUGGCAUGGGAGGACUCAUCAUCUUCUUCCUCAUCUGUAUCAUCUGGUUUCCCCUCCUCUUCAUUUCCCUGGUCCGAUCAGUGGUGGGUGUGGUCAACCACCCCAUAGAUGUCACUGUAACUGUCAAGUUAGGAGGCUAUGAGCCCCUGUUCACCAUGAGUGUGCAGCAGCAAUCCAUCCAGCCCUUCACAGAGGCCGAGUAUGAGCAGCUCACCAAAGCGUUUGGAGAUAAUGCAAUGGCCAUGCAGUUCAUCACACUCUACAGUUAUGAGGACAUCGUAACGGCUAUGAUCGAAGGUAGUUCAGGUUCGGUGUGGAGAAUCAGCCCCCCCAGCAGACAGGAGGUCAUUAAAGAAUUGCUUGGAAGUCCUGUUGACCUAACUCUCCGUUUAUCCUGGACUUUUCAGAGAGACCUGGGCAAAGGAGGGACGGUGGAACACACCUUUGACAAACAUUCUAUCAACUUGGAGCCUGAGAACCCAGUCAGAGCAGAUCUGGCAUCACUGCUGAUUGGCAACCGCACCGAGCCUGUGCUCAUUCCUAAUUUGUUCCCUAACUACAUCCGGGCGCCCAAUGGAGCUGAGGCUAAACCAGUCGGUCAGUUAUUCAAAGGGAAUGAAAAAGGUUACCUGAACAUAACUCUGUCCCUGAUGAGUGAUGGACCAUUGAACAGCAGCAGAAACCAGGAAUGGUGGGACAUUGCCAUUGCAGGAUGUUCAUCCAAUUCAUGUGAAGUUCUGCCCAUGGUUAUAUUCAAUGACAAAGUCAGUCCACCCAGCUUGGGCUUCCUGGCUGGAUAUGGAAUCAUGGGUCUAUAUGUGUCUGUGGUCUUAGUCAUUGGAAAGUUUGUGCGUGGCUUCUUCAGUGAGAUCUCCCACUCAAUCAUGUUUGAGGAACUUCCCUGCGUUGACCGCAUCCUCAAGCUCUGUACAGACAUCUUCCUGGUUCGUGAAACAGGAGAGUUGGAGCUGGAAGAGGAACUUUACUCAAAACUGAUCUUCCUCUAUCGGUCUCCAGAGACUAUGAUCAAAUGGACCAGGGACAUCCAGAGCUGAGACCAGAAAGAUUAACUUGGCAGCAAACAGCCGUGUCCAGGGUCACACAUGGACACAGAUGCACCCUGACAGACAUACUGUAUGAAACAAGGCCUUUGGCUUCUUCAAAACACAUAACACUACAGACUAUUGAAUGGAAGUGUGGGGGCCACGGCAGGCAGUGACUGCGUUUGCUGUUAAUCACCUAGCACAUACAUCUGUUGUCGCAUCUGCCUCUGUACAGUCUGUACAGUCACACAAAGUCAUCUGGAUGUGGCCAUUAGUUUAGGAGCAGGGGUGCCCAACCCUAAUCAUUGAGAGCUACUGUCCUGCUGGUUUUCAACUCUCCCUCCUUUAGUUAAUACUGAUUACCUAGAUAAGGUGCGUCCAGUCAAUCAACAGCUAACUGUCACACCUGAUUAAGGUAAUCACCAGGGACAGUUAGAAAACUAGCAGGACGGUAGCUCUCGAGGACCAGGAUUGAGCACCCCUGAUUUAGAGUUUGGCUGGUUACUGGUCAAGCGAGACUCAGGGGACUGGUGUGGUCGAUGUUGGUUGUUUUAGUGUGUAGAUUAGUGUAGAUGACAAAAAGCCUUUUCUCGGUCCUGCUGGACAGCAGGGUCCAAACAUGAAAGCCCACUUACUGUAGCUCAGUUCAGUUCAAAGUGACUAACUGAUUGGGAGUCUGGGUAUUUACAUGUCUCGUCUUACUCACACAUCUCUAUCUGAUGACCCUCACAUUACCUCAGUGAAUCCACCAAGCUUCAAUAUCUGGGACACUCAGUAAGAGUUGACUGAGUCUUUCAUCAUAAUAAGCACCUUUGGAUUUACUGGUUGUUAUAUAGUAAUGUUUUAAUGUCUCCUUGUCUAAAAAAGCCCUGUUCCCAAAGCACAGAAUAGUCAUUUGUGGAUCGAUGGGCUGGACUCAUCUCUCUGAGGUCAUGUUCAUGAUAAAGUAUGGUCUUAAUUUUGUUACAAAGGAAAUAUUUUCAAUUAAAAAAAAUGUUGUGACGAUAUCACAGCUAGUCAUAAAUCACUGACAGGUUGAGGUCAAGUUAUUAAUGUGGUGGUUUAGAGUUAGAAUGGCUGUGGCACCUACACACUGUUGGGUUGUACCAGCAUUCCUCUGGCUGGUUAGUUCUUAUUAGAUGUUUAGUGUAAUUUAUUCAUGGAAUUGCAACUAAGCUUUAAAUGUGAAUCACUAAAGCACAAUAUUAAAUUACCAUAACGUGGAUCUCAUGUCUCAGUGUAAUUUACAUCUUAAAUACCAAUAUUGGAAAAGAAAUAGAAGAUUUUAAGACUUAAAGGCAAGCAUGAGUUACACCAGAGACCUUUCUACUCUACUAUUUGCCUUGUUUUAAUCAGUGAGUGAGGAUGGAUGUGUUGUUGUUGGUGUGUGGAUCAUUUAAAAUACAUUACAGUGCAAUAAAACAUUGAAAGAAGA